UGUGCAGUGGAAGUUGGUUGGUUAUUCCUGACUGGCAGUUGACUGAACUAGACUGAUUGCUUCGAGUUAAACGGAUCAACAAAGAGCCAACUCACAGUAGGCCACAUUUUAUCAUUUAUAACUUCGACAAACGCAGUAACCCAACUGGUCCGACAGGAAGAACGUAAAGUGCGUGUAGAUUCGAAUUAGCUCGGUUUCAUUGUUCACGGGCAACAGAAGCCCAAUUUCACAAGGGUUGCACACAGAGCUUAACCUAAGCACGAGAUCUUCAAAUGGCCGACAGCAAGAACGAGGACUUGGCCACCGCCAUCCUGAAGCGCAAGGAUCGCCCGAAUCGUCUCAUCGUCGACGAAGCCGCCAACGAUGACAACUCGGUUAUUUCGUUGUCUCAGGCAAAAAUGGACGAGCUGGAGCUAUUCCGUGGUGAUACGGUACUAUUGAAGGGCAAGCGUCGGAAGGAGACGGUAUGCAUCGUGCUGUCGGACGAAAAUUGCCCAGACGAGAAGAUUCGCAUGAACAGGGUGGUUCGCAACAAUCUGCGCGUCUGGUUGGGUGACGUGGUGAUGAUUCAGUCCUGCCCCGAUGUAAAGUAUGGCAAACGGGUGCACAUCCUACCCAUUGACGAUACGGUCGAGGGACUUACCGGUAACCUGUUCGAUGUCUACCUGAAGCCGUACUUCCUUGAAGCUUACCGGCCGAUUCACAAGGACGACACGUUCAUCGUGCGCGGUGGUAUGCGUGCCGUCGAGUUUAAGGUGGUCGGUGCUGACCCAGCGCCGUACUGCAUCGUGGCGCCGGAAACGGUCAUCCACUGCGAGGGUAAUCCGAUCAAGCGCGAGGAAGAGGAAGAAACGCUGAACGCAGUCGGGUACGACGAUAUCGGUGGCUGCCGAAAGCAGCUGGCACAGAUUAAGGAGAUGGUAGAGCUGCCAUUGCGCCAUCCGUCGCUGUUCAAGGCGAUCGGAGUGAAGCCUCCGCGCGGUAUUUUGAUGUACGGGCCACCCGGCACCGGUAAGACGCUAAUUGCGCGCGCCGUCGCCAAUGAAACCGGUGCCUUUUUCUUCCUGAUCAACGGCCCGGAGAUCAUGUCGAAGUUGGCGGGCGAGUCGGAGUCCAACCUACGCAAGGCAUUCGAGGAGGCGGAGAAGAACUCGCCGGCCAUCAUCUUCAUUGACGAAAUCGAUGCGAUCGCACCGAAGCGUGAGAAAACGCACGGUGAGGUGGAACGACGUAUCGUUUCGCAGCUGCUAACGCUGAUGGACGGCAUGAAGAAAAGCUCGCAUGUGAUCGUGAUGGCGGCGACCAACCGACCGAACUCGAUCGAUCCCGCUCUACGUCGCUUCGGACGAUUCGAUCGUGAGAUCGACAUCGGCAUUCCGGACGCUACCGGUCGACUGGAGGUGCUACGCAUCCACACGAAAAACAUGAAGCUGGCUGACGACGUGGAUCUGGAGCAGAUUGCGGCCGAAUCGCACGGUCACGUCGGUGCCGAUCUGGCGUCGCUAUGCUCGGAGGCAGCCCUUCAACAAAUCCGCGAGAAAAUGGACCUGAUCGACCUGGAAGACGAUCAGAUCGACGCGGAGGUGUUGGCCUCGCUGGCCGUCUCGAUGGAGAACUUCCGGUAUGCGAUGACCAAGUCGAGCCCAUCGGCGCUGCGCGAAACUGUGGUCGAGGUACCGAACACGACCUGGACCGAUAUCGGUGGCCUGGAGAAUGUGAAGCGCGAGCUGCAGGAGCUGGUGCAGUACCCGGUCGAGCAUCCGGACAAGUUCCUGAAGUUCGGCAUGCAGCCUUCGCGUGGUGUGCUCUUCUAUGGGCCGCCCGGUUGCGGUAAAACGCUGCUAGCCAAGGCCAUCGCUAACGAGUGUCAGGCCAAUUUCAUCUCCGUCAAGGGUCCCGAGCUGCUGACAAUGUGGUUCGGUGAGUCGGAAGCGAACGUGCGCGACAUCUUCGACAAAGCACGCUCCGCCUCGCCCUGUGUGCUGUUCUUCGACGAGCUGGACAGUAUCGCGAAGUCGCGUGGUGGCAACGUGGGAGACGCUGGUGGUGCCGCCGAUCGAGUGAUCAACCAGAUCCUCACGGAGAUGGACGGUAUGGGCGCGAAGAAGAAUGUAUUCAUCAUCGGUGCGACCAACCGGCCGGACAUCAUUGAUCCCGCCAUCCUGCGCCCGGGUCGCUUGGACCAGCUUAUCUACAUUCCGCUGCCGGACGAGAAGUCGCGCGAGGCGAUUCUCCGGGCGAACCUGCGCAAGAGCCCAGUUGCCGACGACGUUGAUCUUAACUACGUAGCCAAGGUGACGCAGGGCUUCUCCGGUGCGGAUUUGACAGAAAUUUGCCAGCGCGCCUGUAAGCUGGCGAUUCGACAGGCAAUCGAGGCCGAGAUCCGUCGAGAGCGUGACCGUGCUGCCAACCAGAACUCGGCUAUGGAUAUGGAUGAGGAGGAUCCAGUGCCCGAAAUUACGCGUGAUCACUUUGAGGAAGCGAUGAAGUUCGCCCGCCGUUCGGUUUCGGACAACGACAUUCGCAAGUACGAAAUGUUCGCCCAAACGUUGCAGCAAUCUCGAGGUUUCGGUACCAACUUCCGAUUCCCAUCAGGCCAGGGAAGUUCCAGCUCACAGGGCGGCCAGGGUUCAUCGCAACCGACGAGCAAUAAUCCAGGGGAUAACGGCGACGAUGAUCUCUACAGUUAGAUUGUUCCAGGUUCGGCUGGCAAACAUUUGGAGCCUACAUUGCUGGCUGCUGCUGCUGCUGGUGGUGUCGCUGCCUUCUUUUCCACAAGCCAAUACAUUUAACAGCGCGACAUUUAAAUUUCAUAACCCUUGCUCAGCAUACCUUGUCAUCCUCUUUCCCUUAUCGUUAGAUGAGCAACAACUCCCUGGAGGUUCGAUGCCUCUGUGGUUAGGUUUUUUUUUAUCAGAAUUAAAGAUUCAAUUCAACCGUUUGUUCCGAUCUGGCUAGAAAACGAGAUCCGCCAAAAGGAUACCAGUCUUUGUUUUGUUUGUGUGUGCGUGUUUUCGAGAAAAAAGGUUCGAUGAAUAUAGCAGGAAGUAGUCGGUGUAGUUUUUGAUGAUAAGCGUGUGAUGGUUUUACUAGUAAUUCAAUCUGAUUCUACAGUAUCGAUCGUAUGCUCCACCGUAAGAAUCCAGUAAUGGAGUAAUCUUGCGAAAAUGGAAUGAAUAUUAGAUAAAUAUGUCUAACACUUGGGAUGCACUAAUUGAACAGCUGAAUGAGAAUUAGGAGGUUGAAACACACAGGAAAUCGAAAACAGAAUUACAUUUCCCGCAUCAUUAAAAAGAGAAAAAUAAUAGAAAAAAACUAUCGGAUGGAUUUGGUGAUAAGAGUAUGGGAGAGUUUUGAGGACGAUAAAAAAUGCAAAAAUGUAAAAUGUUGGUGGGGAACUAGGCGUGAUCAGCACAGCAGCUAACGGAAAGGCCUCUUAAUUCUAAUUCAAUUUAAAAGAAACAGAAAGCUCUGUUAUUCUUAAGAUUAGCUCUUCUAGUUUUUGCCCUUUUUUUUCUUUCUUUCACAUAAGUAAAUCUUCACACAUUUCGUGUCCUUUUUUCUUCAGAAAGCUCCUCCUUCUACCUUUGCUGUCACAUUCAACGCAUUAUUUGAUUGUACCACUCUUUCUACCCUCAGUUAUCUUCAUUUGUAUCGUAUCGUAGUAGAAAUAAUUAUCCCACACUUAAACGAUCCUUGAGUAACGUAGAAGUGUCGUCUGGCGGAGCUAACAAACGACUAUGCAAACACAAACACACACAGACACACCAGCGAGCGAGAAAACAAGUAACAUAAAUGACGGAAAAUUGCCCCAUUAAAAACAAAUAUGCUACGCAUAUGAAAAGGCAGGAGACGGACAUCGGAUCUUCUUGAAGCUGGUUUUCUUGUCCUCUAUCGAAGCUUGACGGUCGAUCUCGCUGACUCUUCUAUACCUUGUAUUUUUACGAAAAAGAACACUUGAAUGUAUGCAAAGUGGGCGAAUAUUCAUAAUAAUAAAAAACGGUAAAGAUGAUUCUACGGAUCCGGG